AAUUUUAGACUACGCGUCCAACAUGAAAACAUUUUAGUAGAAAGACUCUUUGGUCUGUCAAGCUGAUGGGGACUAAAUUUGUUGUGUAUAUAAAGAGAAACUGUUUUCUUGAUUAUAAUUAUCUACAAGAAACGUACGUAUAGAAGAUGAAAGGCUCUGAGAACUCAGUGAGUAUUUUCUCUGUUACUAUUUCUGUUGUCUUUUUAUUUCGAGAUGUGUUUGGGGAUCCUGCAAGACACUUGUGUCAUCCUGACCAAAGGGAUGCGCUUAUGGAGUUCAAGAACAAGUUCCAGAUUGGAAAGCCUUGUUUUGACCGACCUCUAAAGUCAUGGGAGAAUAAGAGCGAUUGUUGUUCUUGGGAGGGUAUCAGAUGUGAUGCCAUUUUGGGGGAUGUCAUCAAGUUGAACCUAAGUGACAGCUGCCUCCAUGGUCAGUUCAAUUCCAACAGUAGUAUCUUUCUGCUUCAGAGGCUUCCUUUUUUAACAACCCUCGACCUUUCAAAUAAUAAGCUCAGUGGUAACAUUCCAUCUUCGCUUGGAAAUCUUUCAAAGCUAACCACUCUUGACCUUUCAGCUAAUGAUUUAAGUGGUGAAAUCCCAUCUUCUCUUGGAAAUCUCUCUAAGCUCACCACUCUUAUUCUCUCCCAGAACAAAUUUACUGGUAAAGUUCCAUCUUCACUUGGAAAUCUGAAUCUCACUGAUCUUAUCCUUUGUGCUAACAACUUUGUUGGUGAAAUUCCAUCUUCAUUUGAGAACCUUUCACAUCUCACUUUUAUUUCCCUCUGCGAGAACAAAUUUGCCGGUGAAAUCCCAUCUUCAUUUGGAAACCUUUCACAUCUCACUGUUCUCGACCUCUCACAAAACAAUUUCGUUGGUGAAAUCUCAUCUAGUUUUGGAAGUUCCAAUCAUCUCACUGUCAUAGAUGUUAGCAACAACAUCCUUCAUGGUAACUUUCCUCUUAAACUUGUAAAUUCAACAACGCUGAGUUACAUUUCACUCAGCGGAAAUAAAUUCUCGGGCAUGCUUCCACCUAACAUAGGCUCACUCUCCAACUUGGAGUCAUUUCAGAUAAACCACAACGCUUUUACUGGACCUAUCUCUUCUUCUCUUUUUAACAUUCCUUCUUUGACUUAUAUUGAUUUGUCAAAUAACCAGCUCAACGGCACUCUUGCUCUUGAGUUUGGAAAUAUAUCUGAAUCAUCUAAGAUAGAAGAUUUACUCCUUGGCGAUAACAAGUUCAUGGGAUCAAUCCCCCGUUCCAUCUCCAAGUUGGUCGACCUUCGGAGACUUGAUCUUUCUCAUCUCAACACCCAAGGUUCAGUUGUUGACCUUAGCAUCUUCUCGCAUCUCAAGUCCUUAUACUCUCUCCUCUCCCACCUGAACACCACAACUACACUUGACUUGAAUGCAGUCGACUUACCAUAUUUCAAGUCACUUGACACACUGGAUCUUUCGGGAAACCAUGUUUCAACUGAGAACACUGGCUUGGUGGUUCCAGAUCCUCCAUUAUUGUUACGUGAGUUGAACUUGUCAGGAUGCGGUAUCAUCGAGUUUCCGGAGCUCUUACGAACACAACACGACAUGAGGAGACUAGACAUUUCCAACAACAGAAUCAAAGGUCAAGUGCCUGGAUGGUUAUGGGAGUUUCCAUUUCUUGAAUACGUGAGUCUUUCCAACAACACAUUGAGUGGUUUCCAGACGAUCCCAACGAAACAUCAUAAGCUAUCUUAUGUCCGGAAUACAUCUCUGAGUUACUUGUUUGGCGCCAACAACAAUUUCACUGGCAAGAUCCCUGGUUUCAUAUGUGAGCUGCGGUCUCUAACCACUCUUGAUUUGUCCAACAAUAAAUUAAGUGGUUCGUUCCCUAGCUGUCUGGGAAAUUUCAGUACAACUCUUCAAGUUCUAAAUCUUAGACAAAACCAUCUUAGUGGAGGUAUUCCAGAGAAUAUAUCUCCAACUCUAGUGUCUCUUGACUUGGGUCGUAACCGUCUGUUGGGGAAGCUUCCAAGAUCAUUCAUCCGUAUCCCUUCUCUUCAGGUUCUGAAUGUGGAGAGCAACAAAAUCAGUGACGUGUUUCCUUUCUGGCUAAGUUCUCUGCCGGAUCUACAGGUUCUUGUCCUUCGCUCCAACGCAUUUCAUGGACCAAUAAUAAUACAUAAAACUCCGUUUUCUAAGUUACGGAUCAUCGACAUAAACCACAAUCGUUUCAGCGGAACUUUGCCAUCAGACUUGUUUGUGAAUUGGGCUGCAAUGUAUACCACUGAAAAAAAUGAAGAUAGAUAUGCAGACAAGUACAUGGGUACAAGCUAUUAUUCUGAUUCAGUGGUUAUGGUGAAUAAAGGUGUAGAAAGGAAGCUGGAACGUAUCUUGAAAAUCUUCACAGCAGUCGACUUCUCUGGGAACAAAUUUGAAGGAGAGAUUCCGAGGUCCAUUGGUUUAUUGAAAGAGCUUCGUGUGCUCAACUUUUCAAACAACGCGUUCACUAGCCACAUCCCAUCAUCUUUGGGAAACUUGACGGCUCUCGAGUCGUUGGAUGUUUCCCGAAACAAGCUUUCAGGAGAGAUUCCACAAGAGCUUGGGAGCCUCUCGUUCCUUUCUUAUAUGAACUUCUCUCAUAACCAGCUUGUAGGUCUAGUACCAGGGGGAACUCAGUUUCUGACGCAGCCUUGCUCUUCUUUCGAGGACAACCCGGGACUGUAUGGUCCUGCACUUGAUCAAGUCUGUGGUUGUAUCCACGCGACAACAUGUCAACGUUCUGAAACGCCAGAUCCAGAAGAAGAUAAAGAUGACGAGGAGGUGCUGAGUUGGAUAGCAGCUGCAAUAGGAUUCGUACCUGGUGUUUUCUUUGGAUUGACGAUGGGAUACAUACUGGUUUCCUACAAACCAGAGUGGUUCACGAAAGCUUUUGUCUCAAACAAACGCAGACACCACAACUCAUUAAAAGGAGAAGAAUCUAGAAGAGUAAGUUCAAGCAACCAAACCAGACGGCCUGCAGAGAAAGAAGGUUGGGCUGAUAUCAUUAUCAGCUAAUUCAAAAUAUUUUUAUUUGUGUUUGCACGUCGUUAGAUCCGACUAUCACAGUCUAAGUUUUAUUUGUUUCUUGUUUAGCAUUGUGAGUUUCUCAUUCACUAUAUGUUUAUUGUUUAUCUGUAUUUGAAAAACCAUGUUUUCAGUAAAACAGAGAAGUUGUUGAUUUCAUAGCCA